CACCACCUGCAGCACACGGUCGUCUCUUCCGCCUCGGUUGCGUUAUCCACGCCAUCCUCAGUGCUCCAGCAGCAACAACAGCAGCAGCAGCAACAGACGACGCCUACAACACAUUCCACGCCCACACAUGCGGUCAUGUAUGAGGAUCCCCCACCCGUGCCAAUUGUGCCCGUGCAGCAGCAGCAGACGCCACUUCAGCAUCUGCCCCCGCCACAGCAACAGCAACAGCAGCAGCAACAACAACAACAGCUGGCAACAGCUCCUGUUGGAGGUGCUCUUAGUCCCGCACAAACACCAACUGGACCCGCCGUCCAACAACCCCAGCAUCUCACAUCACCGCAUCAGCAGCAGCAACAACAACAGCAACAACAGCAGCAACAGACUCCAAACAGCGUCUCCAGUGUCGGCUCUUCAGGUCUUCAGCAGCAGCAACAACAACAGCAACAAAAUUCGGUGGUGGCGUCCGGUCAAAGUCAAAUUGUGGCGCCAACAACGGCGAGUGUCUCUCCCUCCAGUGUCAGUUCUCAACAAGCAGACAUGUCCAUCUCAUUAGCGCCAAUUCACAUACCCGCGAUCAGGCCCGGAUUCGAGGCGGAUGCCACGACGCCAGUUAAGCGACAUGCGCAUCCGUGGCCAUAUGAGAACGAGUUCAAUCAGUACCAUGCCUCGCCAUACUAUCUCGACCGGGAUCGCAAGCCUAUGUUCUAUGGCUACCCAGAGACCCAGUUUCAGCCAGCAUAUUGGCCCAACUACCGUGAUCAGCCGAGCUCCGCUGCAGCAGCGGCAUACAUGAGCGCCACCGACGAGCGCCAUGCAUCAGUCAGCGCAGCAGCAGCGGCGCGACAAUCGGUGGAGGGCACCUCGCAGUCCAGUUACGAGACGCCCACCUACUCCUCCCCAGGUGGGCUGCGCGCGUUCCCCGAGGCCUACUCGAGCACAGGAACUUCUGGAGGUCUGUCGGUUGGUGCAGUGGGUCCGAUGACUCCUACAAAUGCGAUGCACGAGUGGACCGGCCAGGUGUCGGUGCGAAAAAAGCGUAAGCCGUACUCAAAGUUCCAGACACUGGAGCUGGAGAAGGAGUUUCUAUUCAAUGCGUAUGUGUCCAAGCAGAAGCGCUGGGAGUUGGCCCGCAAUCUGCAGUUGACAGAGCGUCAGGUGAAAAUCUGGUUUCAAAAUCGACGCAUGAAGAACAAGAAGAACUCACAGCGGCAGGCCACACAGCAGAACAACAACAACAACUCCAGCAGCAAUCACAACCAUGCCCAGGCGGCUCAGCAGCACCACAACAACCAUCACCUGAACUUGGGUCUGAGCAUGGGUCACCAUGCAACCAAAAUGCACCAGUGACCUUUGGACAACAGCAGCGCCAGCGCCAUGGGCUUUGCUACCUACUAGCAAUUAGCCAAUCCGAAUCCCAAUCCCAGCUCCCAUCCCGAUCCCGAUCCCCUCUCCAAUCCUCAUCCGAAUCCAAAUACAAUUAAAAAUGAAAUGAUUAUGGACUUUCCUUGCUAGUUGCAUCUUGAAUCGAGUCCGGACAGUACAAAUGCAGGUGUAUAUCCCAUGGCGUAUGUCAGAGGUCAGAGGUCAGAGGUCAAAAGUGAGGAUUUAGAUGGAAGUUGGUUUAUGGGUGGAAAUGCGUUGGCGUCGCUGUUUUCAAAGCUAAAUUCUUUCGAUGGGGGAGUUGAAAUCUACGUUUAAUGAAAUGCAGUUAAUCAAUAAGUCAGUUCUUAAAAUAUCUAUAAACAAAUACAAAUGUAAAUCGCCCAGUUAAUCGAUGCUUGGCAAAAGGCAAAUGAGGAAAUCAUAAAAACAGAAAUUGACAAAAUGAGACAAUGAGAAAUUGGAAAAAAUGAAAUGAAACGAAGGAUGAAUAUAGUAUAUGUAUGUAUUUGUAUCUGUAUUUCUCUCAACGCUCUAAUAAAUACAUGCGCAUUACUUAAUAAUAAUUUUCAACUAUAAAUAAUAUAUGCAUAUACAAAAUACAUUGUAAUAUCCCUAUAAAUUAUACAAUACAAAUAACAGCAACAACAAUUCGAAUAGUAGAUUCUAAUUGUAAGCGCAGUUCGUACAUAAAUUGCAAUUGUAGGCCCAGAAAAUGUUCAUAAAUAAACCGCAAACAAAUUGUUUAACAAUUGUCACACAAUCACACACACAAAUAUACAUACACAGACACAGCGCUGCACUUUUAGCAUAAAUUUUGUCAGAUAUUGUUCGUUGUGUCGUGUUCUUAGAUAAAUUUUAAGUUCCUGUACAUAAACUAAGAUAUAAAACCAGAAAAAA